AUGGGGUUUGGGCUGUAUGGCAGCUGUGUCGCAUAUCGAGUUGGAGGUUACUCAAACCACAAUGUCUCCACCCUUAACUGCACGAUUUUGGGGGACUCGGAAAAGAUAGUUGACACUGCCGCGAGACCUCCGCCCCCUCCGCCACCUCGACCACCACCUCUACCAUCGCGACCAGAACCAGCAAGUAACCAACUUUGGUACAAGUGCCUUGAUAAGGGCUGUAUAUUCAACUGGGCGAUGCGCACUGACGACCGCGCUGUUGGUCCCUUUUAUAAGCCGGCUCGUGAUACAGCAGCAUCGCCAUACCAGAGCCAAGACGAUCUCAGGAAGUGGUAUUGGUUUCCAUACCCGCAGGAUAAGAUCAAUGAAAAGUAUGACGACUUCUAUGGCACCUGGGGUAUUGGGUACGCGCUGGACGAACUGGGAUUGAGCGCCUAUCGGUCUACUUACGAGGGAGGAGAGAACUAUGUCUACGUUAUCGACCAUGAGAAUCCAGCAAGAGACGAUGUGGACCAUCAGUGGUACCAGAUUGAUGGGAAGAGUUAUCGGGCUACGGGCGCCAGCUACGGAUUCUCGAUCAACUCGGCACAAGGCGUCAUUAUAGGCAUGAAUCGUCUCAGCCCGAAGAAUGCUGCAAAGGAGCGGAACCCGCCAGUACCAGAUGAUGAGUUGCCGGGUCUUAACCAGUUUUCCGAUGUCGCUUGGAUUGGGUGGGAGUCGCAGACCAAGGACCAGAACCAUGAUAUCAAAGGUCUUCGAUACUUCAUCUCGGUUACCAUCACCAACGAGGAGACUCUAGCGGUAGUGCAGAGAGCGUUGGGUGCAAAGGGUUGGCGGUUUAGAGAUUGGCCAGGGUAUACGUUUGAAGACCGACAGUCGCCUGAGAUGAGAGCCAUCAUGGGUACCCCAAACAUCCAAGGGUUUGCGUACUUUUUGAUACAGCACAAAGCACAGCUGGGCAACAUGUACAUUAGCAAGCUCCAGGUCUUCAAUGGAGAAACAAGUCAUGAGAGCCAAGGCGGCCACUUUGGUUAG